GCCUGCAGCGUUCAAAACACAGCUUGUCCCCAAUCCUUCCUGAUCUCCGCUUCCUGCUUCUUUUGCGCUCUUUUUUUUUAUUUUUGCGUUGUUUUUUAUUUUUAUCAUCUGCUUUGUGGAACUUUAUUGCGCUUUUACUCGUUGUUUUACUUUUGUUAUUAUAAAGGUAUAAUGCGGCUGCUCUCCGAGAUACAUUUUGUUCCGAGAUUGUUUUUCCGAGCAGAUCCAUCCCUCUGUUGUUGACUGCUGGUUUAUUGUCUUCGGUGAAUAUGGAUUGAUUAAAAAAAAUACCGUAUAAAUGCAACCGCCGUCCAAGACACUGCCUGCUUCUGAAAUCAAAGAGGUGUGUGAGCGCUGGGUGCAGGCUGGCCUGUGCUGUGGAGGGGAUGAAGAACCCAGUGGCUGCAGAGAGCCGCCGGCUGCUCGGCCUGCUGGACGCUGCUCUGCUCAGAGAGGCUCGUCUGUGGAAGGUCCCGCUCUUCAAAAACGGAUGCAUUCAGGGUGCUGACAUCUCCUUGUCCCAACACCAGCAAAUGAUCGUUUGGAUUGGAGAAAUGAACCGACUGUUUCAGUUCUGUCCAGAAACUUUUGCGCUGGGAGUGUGUGUCCUUAACCGCCUGCUGUCCACUGUCAAGGCUCAGAGAAAAUACCUAAAAUGCAUCGCUUUUACCUCCCUGGUCCUGGCAGCCAAAAUCAAUGAGGAAGACGAGGUUAUUGGUUCUGUUAAAGACCUGGUGGUGCGGAGUGGAUGCAACUUUUCGACAGCGGAGAUUCUUCGCAUGGAGCGGAUCAUUCUGGACAAGCUGCACUGGGAUCUGUACACGGCGACACCGGUCGACUUCGUUCACAUCGUGAGUUUACAGAACAGCAGAUUAAUUAAUAGUUCUUUUUUUCCCAUUAGACCUCAACAUUUCAGUUACUUGUGGUCUUACAGUGAAACACAAGCAGUACAAAAAGCAGACAUUGCAAACCAUCAUGCUUCAAGAUUCUCUGUUCCACAUUUAAGGGUUGGUCCUAAGUUACAUUGUGCAUUUAUUUAACUGGACUUCAUGUGCCUGUGAUUAGAAUUGCAAACUACAUUUCUAGUUCUGAUUGAUAUGCAAACUUCAAGUCAGAAAAUCUGAUGGGAGAUUGUUCGAUUUCCCACCUUCUGAUAAAUUAUAACUUCAAGUAAAAACGGGUUCGCAAAAGCAAACAUUUGUUGGUAUAAAAGACCAGCAAAUCUAUUUUCUGACACAAUAACAGCUUCUUGCAGAAAUAGUGUAUUCUUUUAAUACCAAAUGGAUGCAGCAAAACAAUUUGUUCCAAAUUUCAAGAGUGCAUUUGCAAGCUACCAACAAAGCAUGCCUGCUGCGCAUUGGGCCAAGGCACUUCUGACUUUUCUGCAGCCAUAUUGUGGAAACAUAAACCCUGUCGCCACCAGAUGGCGGGUUGGAUGAGCUGAUGUUGUCUGGGCUUUCAGACCUCAAGCAGCACAAACGCUGCAGUUUACAACAUAGUGUGGUUUUUCUGUGUUAACCAGGUUUAUCAUGUUUAUUUUUUAGGUCUACAGCUUGGAUCUGUACACCAUCAUCUAAAAAUCAUUGCUGCUGUAUUCAUAAGGCUUUUAAGGUUAAACAGAAUUAAUCUGAAGAUGGUUAACAGUCAGCAUGACUUCUUAAUUUGAGUUCAAGAUAAAGGCAGCGCCUUGCAAAAGUGUCCUUAUUACUUGAACUUUAUAUUGUUUUUCUGGAUUUCAUGUAUUGAUCAACAGAAUCAAUAACUAAAGAACUAAUAAAAAUUUGAGAAGUACAUUUGACACCUAUACUCUCAAACACAUUAUUUACAUGCAAACCACUAUCUAACCCUGAACACCAGUCUCAACAUACUGUCUGAACUGUGAAACGUAGAGGUGGCAGCAUCAUGCUGAGUGUGAGCUGCUUUUUCUCUUCAGUUUGGGCAGGGAAACUGAGAGAAAGUCAAAUACAGGCCAAUUCUAGAAGAAAACCAACCAGAGGCUUCAGCAGACCUGAAACUGUGAAUAAAACCUAAAC